AUGCAUUGUGUGAAGGAGGCGCUUGGCUUGGAUCAAUGCGUUGCUAGCUUCAGCGGUGCUGCACCUAUCAGCCGCGAAAUCGUUGAGUACUUUGGUUGGUUCGUUAGACCUGCCUGUGGCAAGUGGAAGAUUGGCACGUGCGGCAUUACCAUUGACGGCGCGGAGACCAAGGUGGCGCCAGGCACGGAUGAGUUAAUCUUCAGCGGUCGCAACAUCAUGAUGGGCUACCUCAAGGGUGAACAGCAGACGAAGGAAACGAUUGACGAGAACGGCUGGCUACACUUAGGCGACUGCGGAAAGAUCGACAAGGACGGUUUUAUGACGAUUACGGGUCGUAUCAAAGAGCUCAUUGUUACUGCUGGUGGCGAGAAUGUCCCGCCUGUUAUCAUUGAGGACACGAUCAAGGAGUAG